CGGCGGUUACGAGGAGAUAGAAGGAGCUCAUCCACACGCAAACUAACAGCAAGAUGUCGAAGACACUGAAGGGAAUAACGCUAAAAGGCAGCGCGGAACUUGUUGCCGAGUUCUUCUCGUUUGGCAUCAACAGUAUUUUGUACCAGCGAGGGAUUUACCCAGCAGAGACCUUCACCAGAGUCACACAGUAUGACAUGAGCCUCCAGCUGACCACAGACUCCAAACUGAAGAACUAACUCACCAAUGUCAUCUCGCAGCUCAAAGAAUGGCUGUUUGACUGCACCGUGCAGAAGCUGGUGGUGGUCAUCACGUGCCUGGAGACCAACGAGGUGCUGGAGAGAUGGCAGUUUGACAUCGAGUGCGACAAGACGUCAAAGGAGAGCAGUGCCCCUAGGGAGAAGUCAAUAAAAGCCAUCCAAGAGGAAAUUCGUUCCGUUAUCAGACAGGUCACGGCCACAGUCACCUUCUUGCCUUUGUUAGAAACUACCUGUGCCUUCGACCUUCUGAUCUACACUGACAAAGACCUGGAGGUGCCUGAGCAGUGGGAGGAGUCUGGUCCUCAACUAAUUGACCAAUCAGAAGAGGUCCGCUUGCGCUCAUUCACCACCUCCAUACAUAAAGUGAACAGUAUGGUGGCCUACAAGAGGACGGACUCCAUGUGAUUGUGUUAUUUGUUCUGUUCUAUUGCUGUUUUUCAGUCUUCUGUAUAUAUCUUUCUAAGACUCAUUUCUUAUCUGUUGUCAUUUUAAAAGAAGGUAUUUCCCAAUAUGAAAAAUAAAUUUCUAGU